AUGAGUCCCUUAUCGGUGAUGUGUGAGAGACAAACGACAUCCUUUACGAAAGCGUUCAAAAAGCGGUACGUCACUUUUGACCGGGAGUCUCGCAAGCUGUCGUACGCCGAAGACGACUCCAAGCCACCUAAGGGUGUCAUCAUCGUCACGAAGGUGGUGCGCUGCUGCCAAGUGAUGAAGGUGAAGGCGGCGGAGCUCCUUACACUGAUGAUUGACGGCAACCACGAGGACGGCAGGGCGGACCAGUGGACACUGCGCAUGCCAACGUUACAGCUGUUCGAGGAAUGGAAUGAGACACUCUGGACGGCGUGUGCUGGUGCUGGGCUCAUGGAGCCGUACAACUACGGCCUGCCACCCGUGGAUCCGCGCUCGAACCUACCCUUUGCACAGGUACCGCUGCAACACCUUUUCAAGUUCUCCGGGUUAGAGAAAAUGGUGAUUCACUUCUUUGGGGCCAUCACACUCCUGUCAUCGACUGUGGCAAAGGACACCCAAUCGCCACAUCACGUUCUGGUGGUGGGGGACAGGGCAAUUUAUGUCUUCAACCUUAAUGCUACCGUGAUAUACUGCAGUCUUAUCAGUCAUAUACGCAAGCUUCACCACGGGCCAGAAGCGACUUUUUUUGCCCUGCAGCUAAGACCCCCGGCGCCGGAUAUUGUGGUAAAGGAUUUUUCGGGGGCCGUGCAAGUCGCAUCGGUUGUGGGUAGGCUGUACCAGGUGGCAACUGGCAAGAAACUCAAUAUCAUGCCUAUUAACGUCCCCACGGCUGAGGUGCUGGUGGAGUCGCAGCAACUGCGUCUGAGCGCGGGUGAAGGGUAUAAACUUCAAAUGGUUCCACCAAGCACUAAGUUGCGUCUUCGUCAGGCAAUCGAUGCGAAAAGGGAUGAAACAGACGCGGAUGCUUAUGGAAACAGUGACGAGAAGCCACAAACAGGUAACGGGGCUACAGCUGAUUCUUCCACCUACCCUGACUCCGCAGAUCCGCUUACAAAGCUUCUACACGGCAUUGGACUGUCACAGUAUGCCCCGACGCUUCUGAGCCAGCACGUUGACUUGGACGUCCUAAAGUGCAUGGAUGCUUCCGACCUCAACACUUUUGGUGUCAUGGAUAAAUCACACUGCCAGAAAAUUCUUGAGGCUGCGCUGAGAUCGGAAAUGGAUUUUCUGGGGGUCGGAAAUGGCAAUGGUAACGCAUCAGCCACCCCUCCCACAGGCGUCGCUAACCCUGCUGCUGGUGGAAUCGCGCUGAGCGACGACGACGACGAUGAUGACCUUGUCCUUCCUGCCACACGUCAGAAGUCAGUAUCACUAGAUGAUGAUUCGGACGUCGAACUCCCUGCCAAAAAGGCCCCUGCAGCCAAUGCUGCAAAGCCAGCCAUCACUAUUGUUGAUGACGAUGACCUUUGA